GCACGUCACUUCCUGUUUCUUUAAGGGAACGUGGCUUUCGCCGCAGCGCCAGUCCUCCCGUCUGCGACUCUGCUGCGGCGGCCGGAGCUGGAGUCGGACCCCGAGCGCAGCGUCGCCAUGGACUCGGCCCUCAGCGACCCGCACAACGGCAGCGCCGAGGCAGGCGGCGCAGCCAACGGCACGACCCGGCCGCCUUCCACGCCCGAGGGCAUCGCGCUGGCCUACGGCAGCCUCCUGCUCAUGGCGCUGUUGCCCAUCUUCUUCGGGGCCCUGCGCUCCGUGCGCUGCGCCCGCGGCAAGAAUGCCUCGGACAUGCCUGAGACGAUCACCAGCCGGGAUGCUGCCCGGUUCCCCAUCAUCGCCAGCUGCACACUCUUGGGGCUCUAUCUCUUUUUCAAAAUAUUCUCCCAGGAGUACAUCAACCUCUUGCUGUCCAUGUAUUUCUUCGUGCUGGGGAUCCUGGCCCUGUCCCACACCAUCAGCCCCUUCAUGAAUAAGUUUUUUCCAGCCAACUUUCCAAAUCGACAGUACCAGCUGCUCUUCACGCAGGGCUCUGGGGAGAACAAGGAAGGUGGGAGGGGCAGCCCCGCCCCGGGGAGUGGACUUACCCGGCCUCUCUGCCCAGAGAUCAUCAAUUAUGAGUUUGACGCCAAGGACCUGGUAUGCCUGGGCCUGAGCAGCAUCGUUGGCGUCUGGUACCUGCUGAGGAAGCACUGGAUUGCCAACAAUCUCUUUGGCCUGGCCUUCUCCCUUAACGGGGUGGAGCUCCUGCACCUGAACAACGUUAGCACCGGCUGCAUCCUGCUGGGUGGACUCUUCAUCUACGAUGUCUUCUGGGUAUUUGGCACCAACGUGAUGGUGACGGUGGCCAAGUCCUUUGAGGCACCAAUAAAAUUGGUGUUUCCCCAGGACCUGCUGGAGAAGGGCCUCGAAGCAGACAACUUUGCCAUGCUGGGACUCGGAGAUAUCGUCAUUCCUGGGAUCUUCAUUGCCUUGCUGCUACGGUUUGACAUUAGCUUAAAGAAGAACACCCACACCUACUUCUACACCAGCUUCGCAGCCUACAUCUUCGGCCUGGGCCUCACCAUCUUCAUCAUGCACAUCUUCAAGCACGCCCAGCCUGCCCUUCUGUACCUGGUCCCCGCCUGCAUCGGCUUUCCUGUCCUGGUGGCACUGGCCAAGGGGGAAGUGACGGAGAUGUUCAGGCCGCCCCACUCCUACUAUCAGGAGCCCUGGGUUCCCAGCCUGACUGUGCCACCGCGUGACUUCAGGUAUCUGCUCCCCGGCACCACUGACCCCGCCUGCCAGGGACCCAGAAAUAGCUGCCAGCUGUGAUCGAAGCUGCCCACUCCGGGGCCUUCCACCCAGCUCCACCUGCCUGGCCUCCAGGUUGUCCCUCGAGUGCCUGCCAGGCCAUCUGUGCACCUGGCUGCCUGCAGGGGAACCUGUGACUCACCCCUCCCCCGUACCUGCCUCUGCCCUCCCUGUCUUGCCUAGAAGCCCCAGGCUCCCAAGCUGCCUGCCCAUAUCUCCUGGCUGGCAAAGCCCUGUGGACUCUGAGGCCAGACUGGGGGAUGAACUUGGGGCAGAUCUCGGGACCGGGGUGCUAUCUGAUCCCAGAACUCAGCACCUCCCCUCACCCUCUGGCUCAUCCAUUCUCAGCCACUCCCCUGCCUUAGGGUAACCAGCCCCCGAUCAGUCCCAGUCCUGCUGUGUCCACAGUGGGUCACGCUCUGCGCCUCCAGAGCCAGGGCACCUGCUCGGUGCUUGCUUUGCCUAAAUGUUCUUCCACUUGGGCACUCGGCGCCCCUUUCUGCCCCUGCCCCCGGGAGGUUCUUGGGUCGAGAUGAAAAAGCAGGUUGGUCUCUUUCUUUCUUCAUCUCUCUCCCUAAUUCUCCACCUUACCUUUUGUUUUACUUUUCCCUUGAGAAGUGCUCUCCUUUUUUUUAUUCACUUAGCUCACACACUCACAUGGCUCAAAAUUUCAUAGCCAGGAGAGGGAAAACCCCCUCACGCCCCAGCCGCACCCCGGACCCUGUCACACAGACCUUCAGAGACAGCUUUGCUCCUAACAGCACACGUGCACGUGCACAUUCCUGCACAGAUGGAGGCACUCGCAGAGCAUUCUGCGUCUGGAUUGUCCACGCAGACGUAGAUCUCAGAGACGUUUCUGCAGCAGCACCUGUGCGUCUGGAGCACCUUGCUCUGGCACAGCUGUACGGUGUCCCUUUGGUGAGGCACAUCUUUUUUAUCCACCUAGUAAGUCCGGCUGCUUCCCACUGAGUCUGAAAAUGCAGAGGAAGGUAAAAAUAAGACACAGCUCUGCUCCUUUACCUUGCAAGAGAAGUCUCUGCCCACCCCACCCCACCCCGUCUUUUCCUCUCCAUCUCUUC